GCUGAACUGAUGGGCCCUCACUGCUCAGAGUUUAGAAAUAGGUGUGUGGGGCUGUGCUACCAGUGAACAGGUUAGUCGUAGCAGAGAGUCACUGUUGGGUUGGGUCUGCUGAAAGAAAACUUAACAAUGAGCUCUACAGACUGCUUGAGGCUGUUUGUGCUUCUCUUUUGGCUGAUGGUUGCUGGUGAUGUAAAUUGUGAGAAUACCCAGAAAGGUUAUGUACGACACGUCCAGGCCGCGAUGGCAGUCCACAAUGACAACAGAGAAUAUAAAAGAUGGAGUGGACCACCUGCUUCCAGAAACCCUAGAGCUUGUUACAAGACAUCAAGUGUGGACGGAGGGAAAAGUGGCAACAUUUACCCUGCUCAAGAGGAUCCCACCACGGACUCUAAAUCAUCCCAAAUCCAAAACCAUUAUUCGUAUCCUGUAAUUCCUGAAACACAAAAUAGCAAUGUUCCAAAAAGCCAUUUAAAAUCUGGCUAUGCGUCGGCCUCAGUUGCUCAAGGACGACGUAAUGUGGUGUACGACCGCAAGAAGAUUCAUCAAGCGAACUCUGAUUCUGUUCGGCCCCGUAUCCAUCGAGCCAGAACUAAGUCAACAGGAAGUUUUCCACCUGUUCAGGUAGACAAAGCUCCAGUAGGCUUUGAACCUAACAACAGAAGGGCCGCCAUCUAUAUACACAGCAGUAAAUCAAGUCCAAAUAUUCCAGCCACCAGUCUGAAGUCUCAAAAGAUUCACGUUCUCCCCAGAAGCUUUAAUCGCGGCAGAACAACCUCGUUGCAAAAUGUUUUCAAACCCAGCGACAAGAAGAAGGACUCCAUUUGGAAGGGACGUCCUCCUGGAAAAGUUGACACACCGAUGUCUUCUCCAAUAUGGAGUCCCAGGGUCUACAGCGGUGAUGGGACGUCUGAAGCAAAAGGAUACGCUCACGUCCGCCACCUCAAGCCUGGCUUUGACAAAACACUGCUCCAAGCUGCUGCAGGUGGACAGCAGUUUUUGGAAACAGGUUUUCCAAAACUGAAUCAGGCCAGUUAUAGCCAUGAUGUUGGUGUUUCAGCAACAAGUGAAAGGCAGCUAAACCUCAAUUACAAUUCCAGAGGUUCAAGCCAGCUCAGCAGCUGGCAUCCUCCGCCACCAGGCAGAAUACAAACUCCUGUCCAAGGCAAAUUCAAACCUUUCCAAACACGUCCUACGAAUGGUGCGUUCCCUGCUCAUACCCAUUCAGACAGUGAAAUGGGUCAGACUCAGACAUUUGCAGGGACAACCCUUCCCCCUGGUUUGAACUCCACCACAGGUGUAACUUCACCAGUCACUGGAGACUGGAGCACUGAGUCUGCUUCGCCCACGCAGACAGCGGGCCGAGAUGCAGAGCUCGUACCUCAAGCAUCAAACGGCGAGGGCCAGUCUGUAAGCUCAGCAGAAGUUGGAUCUUCCCCGGAGCAAGAAAACAAACCAUUUACAGUUUCUCCUCCGAAGCUACAACCGGAAGAGAAAGAGAGAAACAUCACCGGGUUGUCUCAAGUCUUCAAGAAAAUUGAUUAGUCUGGAGUUUAAACUGACCUGCCAGAUGCUGCUUGGUGGCAACACCAGCAAGAGGGUAA